UCCCCCCGCCCAGCGCGUGGGGCGGUCCUCCAGCUUCCCACAACCCCCCUCGGCUUCUUCCCGGCUAAGAUGGCGGCGGCGGCUUUGUGCUGCCGGGGGCCCUGCAGGACGGGCUGGCUGCCCACCCUGCAGAUUGUCCGCCAUGCCAAGUCAGUCACUCGUCACUGGAAAGCGAUGCACUUUGAGCGGCAGAAACUGAUGGCGGUGACGGAAUACAUGGCUCCCAAACCGGCCAUCCCAGAGAAGUGCACCACUCCCUACGUCAAAGCAAUCAAGGAGGAGAAUGGCUACGCAAAGCUGUUACACCGGCAAGUGACGGAGACGUUCCAGGACAGUAAAAUGAUCGCUGUGUGUCAGUACAACUUUACGCCCAGCGAGGAAAUGCUGCUCAUGAAACACCGACUCAGGAAGCAUAACAUUCAUGUCAAAUUCUUCCCUAAUGAGAUCAUGAGAGCCUACCUUUCAGUAUCCAAAUACAAGAACCUCCUUCCUCUCUUUGUGGGCUGCAGUCUCAUGUUAGUGAGCCCAGAAAUCAAGGUGAAGGAAAUGUUGCGAAUCCUGAAGUACGUGCCACAGAUAAACCUCCUAGGUGCCUGUAUUGACAACACCAUUCUAAGCAACCAGGGGGUCAUAAACUACUCCAAGCUGCCUGAUAUGGAAAUCAUCCAGGGGCAAAUGGUGGGCACUCUUUCUCUCCUGGCAUCCCAGACAUGUGCUCUCCUGCAUCACAGCCCUGUGCACCUCACGGCUUUGCUGGACCAGUACAUCAAAGAGCAAAGUGGUGGAGCUGGGGAGACUGAUGGGAAGGCCGGGGAAAGCCAGGCUGAGUUGGGACCUGCCAAGAAUUCUGCGGGCCUUUGAUGCCAGCUCCUUGGCACCCUGUGUAUUAACCACAUCCUGUACAUAGAGGCUUAUAGCAGGGAGCCUGUUCCUGCCAGAUUUCAUCUCAGGUGGGAGGGGAUUAGUGGGGGAGGCCAAUUGCCUGUCUAAGCCAACAACAGAAUUAGCAGGAAAAAGAUCCUAGAGGACUAACCUAUCAGACUGGUGCUAAUGCAAUGUGCUACUGUUUGGGGGAGGAGUCUGCUGUGUUUGGGGGUGGAGUCUGCAAGGUGGGUCCAGUCCCCACCUUUCUCAGCCUGGACAUGCGAAGCUAUUCUUCCCUCCACUUUCUGUAACGCCCCCUCUCGUCAGUUGGUAAUGCCACUGAUGGAUCAUCCCGAGUCUUCCUCAGUGGGAAGGAUUGUUCUUUGAUGUGGGGAGUGGACACUGUUUGUAGUAGCGCAUGCUUUCCAACCAUCACCAAUUCAGCUUUGAGAAUCACUUGCUUCGGGGGACCAGAAAGCACAUGGGGAAAUUCAGAGUCCCUCUCUCAAUUAGGGGAACAGAAAGGCAGCCACCUCUAGGGUGGAAGGCACCAACUGUUUAACAACACACAGUAACACUCCUCUACAGUUUUAAGACAGGAAGUGAAGAAGACACUCAAACAGCAGGACACAGAAUGGAGGGAUAUGCCUUCACUGCUGGAAAGUGUAAUUCCCAGUGCAGGCAGAUGUACACAUGUUAGCUCUGCUUAAACUCCCCCCUAAAAAUAGCACUGGGUCCGCUGUGGCUCGAGCUAGGCACAUGUGUAUAGUCUCACCCAACUCCCUUGGUUGUACUCAAGUGGCUAGUCUGUGCAGCUGUGGCCACACUGCUAUUUUUAGGUGCUAGUUUGAGCAGAGCUCGUGAACGUAUGUCUGCCCCAUCAGGGUAUUGUAUCUCCCAGCUGCUGUGUCGACGUCCCCUUCGUGGUUAACCCUAGAGCAGGAUGGACAUUUUCUAUGGAGACAUUUUUGCUGAUGGAAAAUGGCUUUUAUUUUUUUUUUUUUUGCAAAACAGAAUUUCUCAGGGGAGGAAGGGGGCAUCUGUUCUUGUUAAACUGUGAAAGAUUUUGGAGUCUUCAGUUAAAUCCUGAAAAUAUUUUAAGACCAAUCUUAUUUGUGUUGGAAACAUUUUACUGAGGAGGAAAAAAAUGGAAAGGAAAGGUGCUCGGCUUUAGCUAACAGCUCUGUUCUUUCAGAUGGGGCCCAACGAUAGAGAGCUUGACUAUCAUGGUUAUUUUCCUCUGAUGGGCUGCCCCUGUCUGUCCUCCCCCGGGGUGAACCUCGUGCUUCUCUCUCAGCUGUGCUUCAGUCCAGCACAGAAGUGCUACAGCCCAAUGCCUUCCUAAGAGCAAUGGCAGGCGCCCUGCCCCACAUGCCCGCGGGAUGUUAGCAAAAUAGCGUUCAUAGUGUAGUCAAGUGGCAGCCAAUCUAUCCUUUUCGCUGCUGUUUGCAGGGUCUGGGUAGCAAUGGGGAAUUGAAGAUGUGGAGGCAGAUUGUAGCCCUGAUGUAAAUGGAACUAACACCACUGACGUGAGUGGACUUGUGCCUAGCUUAAGCAGGGCUGCAGAUGGCAUAAAUCUACAGGCUUGCUGUGGAAAAGGCUUUGUCCUAACAUUGUCAACGCUGCCAAUUAAAUUGUUAUUGGCGUGGGCACCCGAUUUUUUUUUUUUUUUCCCUGAUAGCUUUGGCCGCAAAGUUGUGUGGACUGGAGCCAGGCAGUAGCAGUGACAAUACUGCCUGUGCCACCUCCAAAGAUGGAAAAACUCUCUGAAAGCAGGUUUCGGCUUGAGCGUUAACAGGAGCCUGUAGACAGCUUCUUCGUCUGUUGUAUUGAACUGAGCUUUGCAAAGCAUCAAGGCCUGGCCCCAGCCUGGCUGUGGGAGUGAAAUGGGAGGACUCAUUAAUAAACACUGUUUUCUAGAA